UUUGUACCAUUAACGUCAUCCUAUUCAGUUUUCAGUUAAGCACGACGGGCAAUAGGUUUUGGUAACUUUUAUCGUUCGGUCCUGAAAACAAGCGGACACUUUUUUACGUAAUUCGGGACGCUCUGCCUCUGAAUAUUUCAUUGGCCAACUUAAAAUCGGGCGCGGGGGAAAUCACAUGCGAAAGUUUGGAAGUUGUACGUGAGGGUCAACAUACACUUUGACGACAAUGAAGACUGUUUUGGGUGUCGAUUACCGGUUUUCUUUACUGCUUUAAAAUCUGCCAAGGGUUUGGCAGUCGACGUCUUGAGAGGAAUGCGACGUAAAGUCGUUUUUUUUUACUUAAUAUCAUCAAACUCGGAAACUUCGAGGAUCUGUAUUAGAUCUAUAUGUGGCUACGAAAGUGUCUCGACUGGUUUCUGAAUAAGCGCAUUGUGCGAUGGGAACUCGGAGGAACGGGAUCAGCAAAACAGAGAGGUUCGUUCUCUCUGUCGAUGUAGGAACAACCUCCGUCAGGUGCCAUGUGUACGACAAGUGUGCCAACAUCAGAGGAUCAUGCAGCUCGAAAGUGUCUCUUCUGUAUCCUCAACCCGGGUGGGUAGAGAUUGACCCUGAAGAGCUUUGGAAAGGGUUUGUCACUGUAGUGAAAGGAGCUGUACAAGACUCAGGCUUACAGAUGUGCCAAAUGGAAGGGCUUGGCAUUUCAACCCAGAGGGCAACAUUCAUGACCUGGGAAAGAAACACAGGGAAACCUUUUCAUAAUUUCAUCACCUGGCAGGACUUGCGGGCAGCAGAGUUGGUGCGAUCAUGGAACAGGUCGUGCACAAUGAAGACGGUACACGGCGUGACGAAGAUGCUGCACUUCCUCACCAGACAGAAGCGGUUCCUUGCAGCCAGCCUGGUUGUUUUUACCACCCAACAUGUGUCUCUACGUCUCGUCUGGGCCUUAAAUAAUAUUCCUCCGUUAAGACAGGCAGUCGAAGAUGGCACCUGUUAUUUUGGGACCAUAGACACCUGGUUACUAUACAAACUCACGAAAGGUGCGGUUCAUGCAACAGACUACUCUAAUGCCAGUGCCACAGGAAUAUUUGAUUCUUACCAGAUGUGCUGGAGUGGAUUUCUGUGCUCACUGCUUUCUAUACCGCUCUCCAUCCUCCCCAGGGUGCAGAACACAAGUCACAAAUUUGGAUCAUGUGAUCCGUCCAUAUUUGGAGUGCCCAUCCCCAUUAUGUGUGUUAUGGCGGACCAACAGGCAGCCAUGUUUGGAGAAUGCUGUUUUGACAUAGGUGAUGUGAAAAUCACAAUGGGAACUGGGACCUUUAUGGACAUCAAUACGGGAAACAAACCACAUACGUCUGUGGCUGGUCUUUAUCCCCUGGUGGGCUGGAAGAUUGGUGCUGAUGUUGUGUUUCUAGCUGAAGGUAAUGCUGCUGGAACAGGUUCUGCCAUUAAGUGGGCGCAGGAUCUAGAGCUCUUUACUGAUGUAAAGGAGACAGAGGCCAUAGCCACCAGUGUGGCAGACUCAGAUGGAGUAUAUUUUGUGCCUUCUUUUAGUGGCUUACAGGCCCCUCUGAAUGAUCCAAAAGCAUGUGCUUCUUUCAUGGGCUUAAAACCUUCUACAACCAAAAGUCACUUAAUCAGAGCAAUUCUCGAGUCCAUUGCAUUCAGGAACAAGCAGCUGUAUGAUAUCAUGCUUAGAGAAACUCAUAUUCCUAUAACCAAAAUCAGGGCGGAUGGUGGUGUAUGCACUAAUGACUUCAUCAUGCAACUGACAUCCGAUCUAUUGGGGCGUAAAAUAGCACGUCCAAGUCACUUCGAUAUGUCCUGCCUAGGAGCUGCUUUUGUCGCUGGGCUUGGAACAGGCUACUGGAGGAACCAAGAGGAGCUCAAGAAGAUUCAGUCCACUGACAAACAUUUUAAUCCCCAAAGGAAUAAAUCAGAAGGGGACAAGGGAGGGCAAUACAGAAGUGUACUGCAGAGCUGGGAGAGGGCUCUACAGCGGUCCAUGCAUUGGUACAGCCAGCCCUGAAUAACUACAAUACAAGCCAUUACUCUGUAAUAGACCAACUCAAUGUUCAUGUGAACAGCUGUGGGCCGAUUCGUAGAGGAACAAGCCUCUUACUGAGAAAAACGCUUGAACAGCAUCCAAACUGGAGCUCUUAUUAUGGGUAGGAGGUUGCGUCACAUCCUGCUUUAUAAAAAGGACAUGUACAGUGAGGGAAAUAAUUAUUUGAUCCCCUACUGAUUUUGUAAGUUUGCCUGCUUACAAAGAAAUGAAGAGUCUAUAAUUUUUAUGGUAGGUUUAUUUUAACUGAUAGAAACCGAAUAUCAACCAAAAAAAUCAGGGGAAAAAAUUAUAUAAAGGUUAUAAAUUGAUUUGCAUUUCAGUCAGUGAAAUAAGUAUUUGAUCCUCUACCAACCAGCAAGAAUUAUGGCUCCAAAGAUUGGUUAUGUGCCUAUAUUAGGGCUGGGCGAUAUGGCAAAAAAGUAAACUCGAUAGUUUUUUUCUAUGUUGAUCGAUAACGAUAUUUAUUUCGAUAUAUAUUUAAUUAAAAAACUGUAUUUAAAAUAAUCUAUUUUAAAUACAGUUUAUUAACAAAAGUUAACCUUUAACCAGUUAAAAUUCAAUUAAAUGAAUGCACUGUUGCAACACAGAGGAUAUUAGGCCAUAAACAACAUGUACCAGUUCAUUCAGUCUCAUUUAGACUCAAUUGACUCGAUAAGUAAAGGGAGUGUUCAUUCGGUACAUUCAACCAAUGAAAGGGCUCCGUUACUGGUACAUUCGGACGCUAUUGGCUCAGCACCUGCGCACAUACAUAACGCUGCAAUAAUGUCUUGUUCGAGUAGUGGGAUUCAUUCAAUGCAUUCAGUGAACCUUAGUCUUUCAAAAAGACAUCUCACAUAAACUGUAGUACAUUUCUUUAAUCAUGCAAGCAUCUUACAUACAAGGUUCAAUAUUUGAAUGUGCACACAAACUCACUUCAUUACAUCUCUAAUCUGUACAGGGCAGCGCUGCUUUGUUUCAUAAGCACCAGCUCAUGUUAGCAGAUAUGUUAACGAUGGAUAUAAAAACGUUUGUGCUUGAGUUUCGAAGUAACUCGCUUGCAAUUGCGCCUCAAGUUUGUUUUGUUUAACCGGCGAUUGCGAAAAAAAAAUAAGACACUUGAUAAACCGCGUGAUGACAACUCGAGUUUAGUUUCACCUUUGUUUCCGUUUCCAGUCAUGUUUUCCUCCUCAUGUUGAGUUUUCUUUGCCAAGUGCAGUAUGAAAUGGACUUUGUACUUUGACGCGCAUGAUAAAAACUGCACGCUGACUGACUGUUGUUGCGUUUAUUUCUGCGUUCUGUUAGACUGUAAGAUUAAUCCAUAUCGAGUCAAAAUGCCAAUAGCUUAUCAUCGUUUUUGAACUACAUUCUAUCGCGAUUCGAUAUGAUAUCAUUUAUCGGCACAGCCCUAGCCUAUAUGGACCACAAAUUAGUCCUGUCACUUUAAGAAAGUACUCCUAAUUCAGCUUGUUAUGUAUAUAAAAGAUGCCUGCCAACAGAAUCUGUAUCUUCCAUUUCAACCUCUCCACCACCAUGGUCCAGACCAAAUAGGUUUCAAAGGAUGUCAGGGACAAGAUUGUAGACCUGCACAAACCUUGAAUAGGCUACAAACAGAAGCUUGGUGAGAAGGAGACAACUGUUGGUGCGAUUAUUUGGAAAUAGAAGAAAUACAAAAGUCAAACUAUCAAAUAUCAAAAACUAUAAAAUGCCCUUGGUCUGGAGCUCCCUGCAAGAUUUCCCCAAUGGGGUAAAGAUGAUCAUGAGAAAGGUUAAAGAUCAGCCCAGAACUACACGAAAGAAGCUUGUUAAUGAUUUCAAGACAGUUGGGAUCACAGUUAGCAAGCAAACCAUUGAUAACACGCUAUGCCACAAUAGAUUGAAAUCCUGAAGCACCCGCAAGGUCCUCCUGCCCAAGAAGGCCCGCCUGGCUCGUCUGAAGUUUGACAAUGAACAUCAAAAUGAUUCAGAAAAGGUUUGGAGAAAAUGCUGUGAGACCAAAAUUGACUCCUGUUUUUGGAGGGAGAGAAAUGCUGACUAUGAGCCCAAGAACACCAUCCCUACAGAGAAGCACAGUGUUGGAAACUUUAUGCUUUUGGGCUUUUUCUCUGCUACAGGUAUACAGGAUGACUUCACCGCAUUGAGGGGCUGAGGGACGGGCCCAUGUACCGUAAAAUCUUGGACGAGAACCUCCUCCCCUUAACUAGGUCACUGAAGAUGGGUCAUGGAUGAGCCUUUAACAUGACAAAGACGCAAAACAUAUUGCCAAGACAACCAAAUAGUGGCUUAAGGAGAAGCACAUUAAAUGUCCUAGCCAGUCUCUAGACCUUAGUCCUAUAGAACCUCUGUGAAGGAGGCUAAAACUCCAAUUUGCUGAGCGACAGCCAAGAAACCUUAAAGAUUGACAGAGGAGUGGACUAAAUGUAUCCGGACACAUGUGCAAACCUGGUGACCAACUAUCAGAAAUGUCUGACCUCUGUGCUUGCCAACAAGGGUUUCUCCACCAAGUACAAAGUUAUGUUUUGCUCGGGGAUCAAAUACUUAUUUCACUGACUGAAAUGCAAAUCAAUUCAUAACCUUUAUAUUUAUAGACCUAUAUAAACCUUUAUAGACAUUUUUUCCCCUGAUUUUUUAUAUUCUGUCUCUAUCAGUUAAAAUAAACCUACCAUAAAAAUUAUAGACCCUUCAUUUCUUUGUAAGCAGGCAAACUUACAAAAUCAGCAGGGGAUCAAAUAAUUAUUUCCCUCACUGUAUGUGGUAUUUUGAUUUUGCCAAUCAGUAAUUCAGCCAUCAAAAAUCAGUCACUGUGCCUUUAUCCAACACCUGUUUUUUUUUAAGUGUUGUUGAACAAAUUAAUUUUUAUUUAACUACCGUUUUGGAGUACUUUUAUACAAGAGAUGCCUGUUGUGCCCUGAAAAAGAGAAUGUGGUUAUUCAUCUCCCACAAUACAUUUUCUAACUCUAGAGGAAUAUUGUCAUUGUAGUCAUUUACAUAGAUUUGAAAAUGGUAAAACUUACUUCUAUUUUUUAUUGAAGUUAACACUAUUAGUAGAAAAUGGUAGUGUAUAAAAGCAUUCAUUAAUAUUGUGUAUAAUAUUUUGUUGAUAGUUUCUUAAUUUGAUAUGUGGACUAUGCAGGUGAAAUGUGUUAUAUGUACUUUUAAUAAUGUACCUCUUAAUGCAACAAAAAAGAAUCCUGCAAACAUGAAAAGUAAUGCAUCUCAUAACGUGUUUAUUUCCUGUGAUCAAAGCAUCCAACCUGUUAUACUUGCUUUUACAACAAUUCUGGCAGUUAAUAGUAUCAACAAUGAGUCAAAGGUUUAUGACAUCAAGCAUUCAACUGUUGUCAAUAAGUGACUGUGAAAGUGUAACAUGUUUAUCUUAAAGAAAGAACAGACAUACAGAAAAUGUAUUUUUUUAAAUAAACUGUCAAAGAACUGUUAAUGUCAUAUUGUGUUUCUUGUCAUUAUGUGAAAAAAAUUGUAAUUUAAGCACAUUCAGAAUGCUUAAUCGACUAUGCAAUAAACUGUAUUGUAUUGUCAGUGCCAAAUACUUUUCUUUUGUCACAAUAAACAAUAAAGGAAACUGUGCAAAAUGAAUU